AUGGAAGUUGACGAGGAAAAGCCGACGUGUCAGACGGUUCCAGGCCUUCCGCAGAAGAAAUUUUAUAGGUUUUUUUUAAAAAUUUUUUUAAAUCAACAAUUUUCUUCAGGCAGCGAGCUCAUUCCAAUCCUCAUUCGGAUCAUGAUAUCGAGUAUCCCGUCUCUCCUGAUAAGUUAGUGAAUUUUCUCUUCGGUGUAUUAAAAAAAUAGGUUUUCUGAUCUUUGAGGGAAAGGAAAAAAAGGAUUAAAAAUUGUUCAAAAAGUCGACUAAAAAUUUGGUUUUAUUUUUUUAUUUUUUUCGGUUUUUAGAAAAAUAUAUUGAUUUUCGAUUAACUAAAGUCUUGCGCCUAGAUGUAGUUGCUGUAAUUUUUAUUUCUUAGAAUUGUUGAAAACAGAAAAAUCUUGCAACACGGACAAAGUCCAGAAGGACCUAAAAAGAACCUUUGGAAAAAAAGGGGUCAAGGAUGUCUUUUUUCUCGACCUUUUUUUUAAAAAGGACCUCUUAAAGAGAAAAAAAAGAAGGAGCAGAAAAAAGGGGAACAUGGUUCGCAAGAAACUUUUGAUAUUUUUAACUAAAAAAGAAAAUACUAAAGUUCCUUUUUGAGAUAUUUUUGAGGUCGUUUAGACUUGGCCUUGAUUUUUCUAAACUGGAAACUUCUGAUUUUAUCAAAAUUUUCUUCCUCUUUCAUUUUUUUUUCUCAUGAAGCCGUUCUGUCCACUUCUUCCUUUUUUCUUAUAUUUUUACGAAUUUAGAAUGGAUUGGAGCCAACUUUUUGGCGACUAUUCCGAAGGCCGACGCGUCGAGUUUGCCGACGUCGGAUGUGGUUAUGGAGGCCUUCUGAUGCGUCUUUCGCCCCGAUUUCCGGAGAUUCUGAUGGUUGGCAUGGAGAUCCGCGUCAAGGUGGGCGGUUUCAUCCAGUAAAAUCCUUUUUGAGGCAGAUAAAUCGCUCAAAAAUAUUUUGACACGAGAAUGGGAACUAGGAAAGGGGGGACCACAACGAAUUCUCUGAGAAUUUCUUUAUAAUUUGCAAAUCUGAACCGAAUUUUUAAGUUUUAGGGUGGAAAAAAACUCCAAACUUGAACAUUUUUCUUCUUUUCUGAGCGCAAUGAGUUGAGUGAUGGAAUGUCAAAAAAGCGCAGAAAAUAGUUCAAAAACGGUUUUUCUACACGAGAAAAAUUGAAGAAAAACAGAUUUUUUGCCCAGUUUUCAUAAUUUUGAGGGAGAUUACUUUAGUUUGAAGUUUGAAAUCUUUUUUUUUUCGUUUUUUUUCUCUAGCUGAAAAAAAGAUCCCUCAUAUGACCACCUAGCGCGUAUUUCUAUUCGGAACAUAGGAUUUUUUGAAAAUUUGUGUUUAUCACAUAAUCCCACCUGAACCCAAUAUUUUGUUACUUUGAAAAAUAAUAUCUUUAUAAGCGACCGUGGAAAUCCUUCAUCUGAAAUAUUUAAGGGUUUUUGAUCUAGAUUACUAAAAGUUUUCAAAGUUAGUACUAAUAGGGCCUUCUUGAUCGUACUAUUUUCAUUGAGGAAGAAUGCUGUAAAAUGUUUUUUUACGAUAAUGAUUUUUUUUAAAAUGCUGAAUCAAUCAAUAAAUUCUUUUUAAGGUCGCCGAUUUUGUGCAAGAGAAAACGAACGCCUUGCGGAAGCACCACGAGGCGACGGGCGGCUUUCGAAAUAUCGCCUGCCUGAGAACAAACGCCAUGAAAUACAUGCCCAACUACUUUGAGAAGCACCAACUCUCCAAAAUCUUUUUCCUCUUCCCGGAUCCCCACUUCAAGAACAAGAAACACAAGUGGAGGAUCAUCACGCCGACGCUCCUCGCCGAAUACGCCUACGUUCUCAGGCCUGGAGGUAUCCAUAUUGGGAAAAAAGAAAGAUUUUAUGAAAAAAAAGGUCCCCUGUUUCAUUAUCGCAAAAUUAUGUCAAGUUUUCCCGAAAUUCGAAACUUCAAAAUAUUUGAGCAUUUUUUUGGAAAAAAAAAACUGCUUUGAAGUACGUAGAGCUGCCUUAUUUUGAAGAUUUUCAGUAGCAGAUACCCUUAUUUAAAUGGAAAAUUCACGAAAAUACGUGGAUACAUAUUCUUUGACAAUAUAUAGAAAAAGUAAUAUUUUAUAAGCGACUUGAACUUCAAGUUGAAAAGUAGUUUCGAUGAUCGGAUUUUUUUCAUAGCUGAGAAGAGAGAAAUAUUUUCAUUCAUCUAGAGUUUAAAUAAAUUUGAAGUUUUCUUGAUUUGAAAACUAUUGGAAAUCUAGUUUUCACGGAAUAAUUAUUUUAUCGUUAGAAAGGAAAAGGAAAGGAACGAUUUUUUGAACAAGUCCAUACUUGAGAAAGUUGAGGAGCGUUUGAAAUUUAGAGGCUAAGCGUUUCUAAAACGGAAGCUUUCUUGUAUGCUAGUGCUCUUUAGCUUUGAACAAUUGAUCCCAGAAGAUAGAUUCGUUUGAACAAAGUGGACGUUAUGACGAUCUCUGUCGCUUUCAUCAACUGUUCUAGGCGUUUGAUAUCAUCUUUUGAUGGUCUCUUAUCAUUUCACGCUGUAAUUGCCCUCCCAUCAAGGUCGAUUCUCGCGUGGGAAAAACCGCGUGGUUUUCCCUUUUUUCUACAGUUUUAGAUUCAAUCCUCCAUCAAAAAAAUAUGUAUUUUUUUAGUCUUCUCUAAACUUUUUUUAAUUAGUGGGAUAAUUUAUAAACUUUUUUUGAAAGUGUCUAACUUGUUCCGAAAGUUCCUGAUUUCCUUAUUAGAAAGUAAUGUUUUGCAGUUUUUGUCAAUGAUUUCAUAUAAAGAAAUUUUUUUUCUUUAAAUUAUUGUUUCGAAAACUUUUCCUCUUUUCCUUCUUCACCUCUUUACUAUGAAUCUCGUGAAAUUUAAUCAUUUUUACUGGCGAGUUCAUAUUUUUAGCGUGAAACCGGGCAAACUUAGGCAUCGAUACGUUUCAAAUAUUAUAUUUAUUUUGCUGAACCUCUUUUCAAUGGUUUUUCCAUUUUUCCUGCGCGAUUCGUUCUGAAUUUUUUCCUCCCAAGUCUCCUACCCAAGGGAUUUUUUCAGUACAACACUGGAAAUUAUUGAAUGAAGCCGUUUCGGGUAUUAUGGCGGCUUAAAAUGAACCUCUCUUUCUUGGGCAAAGAUUUUUUCUUGAGAAACAUAUAUAUUGAAGUUUGAGACAGAUAAUAUUAUUUAAAACGUGAAAUUUACCAUAAAAUCGCCGAAAGGGGCAGAAUAGCUCUUUUUAGUUAUAUAUUUUCACAAACUGGAAGAUUUAUAUACAGUUAUGUCUGUAGAAAAGGAGAAUAGGAAAGGUUAAAAUGGAAAAAAAGUCCUAUAAGUAGACGGUAGACAAUCAUAAAGCUGCAAUAACCAAAAAAAUUGUGGUUUUUUGUUUCAUUUUUGGUUCUAAGGUUUAACUUUGUCAUUAUCUCUGUGAGCUUGAUUUCAGUUUUUAUUGAAUCUAUCGAUCGAUUUCUAUUUUAUUCAUGAUUUUCAGGCCUAAUCUACACGAUAACGGACGUGAAAGAUCUGCAUGACUGGAUGGUGAAGCAUCUGAGCGAACAUCCGCUUUUCGAAAGGCUCACUGACGAAGAAUUGGCCGCCGAUCCAGUGGUGGAGAUGCUCUACGAGAGCACAGAGGAGGGCCAAAAAGUCACCAGGAAUUCCGGCGACAAGUUCCCCGCCGUCUUCAGAAGACGUCCUGAUCCGGAUUGGGUCUAG